GGCGAAAUCCGGGGAGCAUUAUGAUUUACGAUUCAUUGCUUUUGCUAUGGCUACCACUGUCAAUUGUUUCCGAAGAUCUUAGUGAAUCUCAGAAAUGUUUGUUCCGCUGCACUGCUGAUUGUUUGAUUCAGCAAAAGAACAACACCGUACAACAGUGCUUGACAGAGUGCAAAGCUUAUGAUGACCCGCAGCUUUGUAUUUCCACUGACUGGAGCUGCUGGGAAGUGUGCAAGGAUCUUAGCCCAGCGGCAACACUUGAAGCCGUUAGUGGGUUUGAGUUAAAGCAGAAGGAUCUAGCGACAUUCCUUGUCUUUCAUCCUGUUGAAGAAGCAACAUUUUAUGUGGUACAAUACCAAUUAAGUAAUGCCAACCUUUCUUCUCCCCAAUACGAGAUCUCUUUGCAACCUUUUAUAACAAAUCAGCUGAGACCUAAGUCCUUGUUCUGUGAUCCGGUCAUAAUUCGCGUGGCUGCCGUCUCUUCAUCUGGAACUGGGCCAUUCUCUAAACCUUUUUCACUCGAUGCACCACGGCCAAUUUUUAAUCCCAGGCUAGAACUCUUAACGAUGGUUUACUUGGACACUCCUUAUGAGAGUGGACCAUAUUUCGAUAAUGGUACAGUUGAAGUGAUCUUCAGAUAUAAGGUGGGAGCUUGGGCUUUGGGAUUACAGGAUCUAGAUGUGACUCCUAUGUUUCAUGUGAUCAAAUGCGAAAACUCAAACCUGACAACAAGCGAGCCAAUCCCUGAUUUCAGGCAAGGUUCGCUCCCCGGUACUGUGAUCGGACGAAUAGGAUCACGCAUGAUGUAUAGCAAAUGCCAGUUCAUCUACUAUACAGCACAUACUCUAAGUCGGCAAUGUCAAACCUCAACGCAACUCCGUUCUCCCCCAGUUGCGGAUAUGCAGCAACUCACCAUAAGCUGUGAUAAUGUGAGGAACAGUCCAUGCAUGCAUACACCUCCAAUUUGCGGUCGUAUCGGUGGUAUUCACCAUGAGGUUACGGAAGAGUACUCCGCUCCUGGUGAGAAAGAAACGAGUCUUUCUCUCAACAUCACAUUCGAUCCGAUAGUGCGCAAGGACGAGCCGCCAACAGUUUACUACAAAGCGUUCUAUGGAGAAGCAUUGCCAUAUCCUAGGCAAUCAGAGGAGGCCCUUGCUGGGGUUAACAUAACGCGCAUCAUCGGAAAUACUACCAAUUGCUUAAAAUUCGACCAUCUUGGUUACUGCCUGGAGGACUCGAACAACAGCGUUUCCAUAUCCGGCAUCCGUUAUGACAAAACUUACGGUAUCACUUUUUGUGCUAUCAAGGACCCUAGAAAUUUGAUGGUUCCUGAUCUUGUCGGAAACAGAAUGAUUUUGAAGCCAAGAGCAAGCAAAAUUUAUGUUAUUCCAAAAAGGACAGUCAACGUUGAGGUGAUUAUAGCCGUAGUUGGCGGAGCUAUCAUUUUGAUGACUGUUAUCAUGGCUGUAUGCUGCUACGUCAAUAGGAAGCAAAAACAAAAAAUGUACCAGUUGUAAUUAUGCCGUUGAAGUGGGAAGAGAAAUUAGAUGAUUUGAUCUUACUAAGCAGCACAUUGCUCAGACUUUUGAACUUUGCGUCAUUUAAUAGAAUCCGUUUGUAGACUCUGGGAACUCAGGAUCCUCAAUAAACGAUUUUUCGUUA